ACCUCACAGAGGUAGCUCCUCCGCCGGCAGCAGCUCGGCGCCCCGGCGGUCCAUGGACCGGAACCCUGGGCGGACCGGCAGGAACCCGGGCCGCGACCGCCGCCUCCCGGCCCCAGGCUCCUCCUCCUCACUCCCCGCCGCCCUCUGCGGUCGCCCGCCGGCCGCGCAGCGCCACCGCGGGCCUCUGGGAGCCACGCCGGGAGGCUGUGUGGCGGGUCCGCGGCCGCCGCGGGACUGAGGCCUACUCCGCCGCCUCUCAGUGCUAUUGUCCCGGGGCCUGGCCCUGAGCGGGGCUGCGGGCGAGGGCCGAGCUCGCCGGCUCCGCGGAAGAUGCCGGACCAAGCCCUUCAACAGAUGCUGGACAGAAGUUGCUGGGUGUGCUUUGCCACCGAUGAAGAUGAUAGAACAGCUGAGUGGGUGAGACCAUGCAGGUGCAGAGGAUCUACUAAGUGGGUUCACCAGGCUUGUCUCCAGCGCUGGGUAGAUGAAAAGCAAAGAGGAAACAGCACAGCCAGAGUGGCCUGUCCUCAGUGCAACGCCGAGUACUUAAUAGUGUUUCCAAAGCUGGGUCCAGUGGUUUAUGUCUUGGAUCUUGCAGAUAGACUGAUCUCAAAAGCUUGCCCUUUUGCUGCAGCAGGAAUAAUGGUUGGAUCUAUCUAUUGGACAGCCGUGACUUAUGGAGCAGUGACAGUGAUGCAGGUUCACCAUUCUCUAUUCAGUGACACUACUUUUGAUGUGAAGGUUGUAGGCCAUAAAGAAGGGCUGGAUGUUAUGGAGCGAGCUGACCCUUUAUUUCUUUUGAUUGGACUUCCUACUAUUCCUGUCAUGCUGAUACUAGGCAAAAUGAUUCGCUGGGAGGACUAUGUGCUUAGACUAUGGCGCAAAUACUCAAAUAAACUACAAAUCUUGAACAGUAUAUUUCCAGGGAUUGGUUGUCCUGUUCCUCGAAUUCCAGCUGAAGCUAACCCUUUAGCAGACCACGUCUCUGCUACCAGAAUUUUGUGUGGAGCCCUUGUCUUUCCUACUAUUGCGACAAUAGUUGGUAAACUGAUGUUCAGUAGUGUUAACUCAAAUUUACAAAGGACAAUCUUGGGUGGAAUUGCUUUUGUUGCCAUAAAAGGAGCAUUUAAGGUUUACUUCAAACAGCAGCAAUAUUUACGUCAGGCACACCGCAAAAUCCUAAAUUAUCCAGAGCAAGAAGAAGCAUAAAACUGACUUCUGGUUGUUCUGAGGCCUCUCAUCCUGACGAGUCUGUUGUGUUCUGAUUCCAUCAUUAAUGCGCUAGUGGAGACUUGUGACGCUGCUCCUAUAUUCUAAGAGAUACAAUAAAGCACGCAGGGCCGGGGCAAGCCGCCCAGUAAUCACGGACCUAAGGACACGCGUCAGCUCUGUCAUUUGUAUGUUCUACUUUUAUGGCAGUCGGCUAAACCAUUAUUUUAGCAUGGGAAACCUGAGUUUGUUCAUAUUUUUCCAGACAAGAAUGUAAAGAUAAAACUGUACAAACAUUAAAAGUGGACAUGUUUUAUUCUGACGCCUCUUUUGUAUAUACUCAGUUCAGUGUUUUCUUAGGAAUAGCAACUCGAUGAAGGAACUGUGAGGGCUUUUCUCAUUGGUGUAAUUGAUUGUAUGCUACAAAGGAGCCUCUGUUAACAGGAGGAAGUGUAAACUAGUUCUGAAUAAAUAACAAACCCAGAAAUGUAUGUCAGCAUUGAAGUGAUUAUCUGAACAAAAGAGAUUUUGUUUUCUUUUCCUAAACCCAUGUGACAUCUCAGAUGUGAAGGGUCAGUUUCCAGGGCUUCCAAAGCACUUUUUCACUAUUAAACUUUAUUUAUGCAAUGUUGACAUCUCAUAGUUCAUAGUGUACUUUUGACUCGUAGUCGUCCUGUGUGUGUGGUGUGAGGGUGUGUGUGUGAGCGGGGAAGGGGACUUCAGAAAGAAGGUAGGAGGGAGGGAAGCAGAGGAUAGUGAUAGGGAAAUGAGGUGGAAGGCCCUUUUAUCACUUAGUAUGUUUUUAAAUUUGUAUUUCUACAAAUUAGAACUACUGAUUCAUAGGUUAAGCAGAGAACAACUUGCAAAAAAUGAUAAUAAAAUUAUUGGGUUUCUGUUGAUUCCGUUAUUCAGAUAUUUGUUAACUGGCUCCCACUUACCUAGUCACUGUGCAGGUGCUAUGGGAUAGAGUUGGGGAACUUGUUCAGAGAGUCUGCAGUCUAAUAGAACAAGCACUGAUUGAACCCAAGGGAGCUCUUGAAUAUCAGUGAGGUAAUUAUGGAGUAUUGAUCAGGGUCAUUGGUUUCCACUUUAUCUGUUUAUAGGAUAGCCAAUACUGUUUUUAGGGUAUCUUGUUUUUGAAUCAGGGUCUCUAGCAUAGCUAACCUCAGACUUCCUGUGUAUCUGAAGGUGGCCUUGAGCUCCUGAUCCCUGAGCCUCCUAACUACAGGUGAGCACCACAACACCUGCUUUUCUAACUUAAUGCUGUGGAUUGAACCUAGGGCCUUACACAUGCUAGGUAUACACUACAUCACCAGCCCUCCUUUUAGAUUUUAGUUGUCAUAUUAAGGGGGCGAUCUCCUUACUAGUCAUUGUUUAACUAGUUUUAUAUUCAUUGUUCAAAAGCAAUUAUUUAGGUCAUGUUUAAUAGUGACCAUUACAAUGUUCAGCAAUCUGAUUAGAAUGAAAAAUUUUUUUUAAAGAUUUAUUUAUUUAUUAUAUGUAAGUACACUGUAGCUGUCUUCAGACACUCCAGAAGAGGGAGUCAGAUCUCAUUAUGGGUGGUUGUGAGCCACCAUGUGGUUGCUGGGAUUUGAACUCCGGACCUUCGGAAGAACAGUCGGGUGCUCUUACCCGCUGAGCCAUCUCACCAGCCCCUAGAAUGAAAAUUUUUAAAGUUUAAAAAAUAAUGCUGUUCACAGUAUAUGAUGCAUGAUAAUGCUCCCCCUUUCUGCGAAAUGGAUACUUCUCUUUAGAAGUGUAACAAAUAUAGAUUGAGCUGUGUUAGAUUGUAAAUAAAUAUUUUAGUAAAGACUGGUAUCUUUCUCUAGGUUGGUUAUCUCAGUUUUGAGUUUUACGGUGUCUGUGGGAAUGACUCUUUUGAACAUCCAGAGUUGUAAUUAUCUAGGGUAUAAGGGGCAAUUUGACUGAGUUAACCUUAACACUGCUGUUAUUCUGUAGAGAAAAUGUGAACCCUGAUUAUAUAUAAAAAUAACUAAGAUCUACAGCUGUAAUUAUGAAAUUGGCUUCCAUCAUUGCCAGUGUGAAAAUAUAUAUAUUCUGACAUUUCCUGGAUACUCCUGUUAAGUUGAGCAGCUUUUACACAGCCACAAGCCCUCAGCUCCCUGUGUACUACUUUAAUUUCCGGGGUGGUGGUGGGGGGUGGGGAGCUGCUUGGAUCGAUCUAUUGGCAUCAAGGCCCGUGAAGGCAGAGGUUUAUAGAGCUAUGGGGAGGGAGCCACACUUGUCUGCAGUCCAGAGUGAACACUAGCCCUGCUGCAUUUGAACACCACAUGACAGGCCUCCCUGGAACCACAAAUCAAAAGACAUGGGCAGACUGAAAGCUGAAUAGGUUACGUUGAGCUCCCAUCAAGUUUUAGUAGCUGUAGUGUAUAACCUUGGCCAGGUGGCUAUUCAGCCACAGUUACGUUCAUCUCUAAAAUGCAAGUCACACCUAGACACUUUCUAGGAUUUGGUUGAGAAAAGACAGGUACUUUCGGCCUCAGUAGCUCCUAAAGGUGGUCGUCCCAUCUAGGACAGGGCAGUAACCAAGGGUAGGGCCCUCGAGGACAGAGCCAGCACAGACUUGAGGAUUUGUGAGUAUGCUGUUCUCCGAUUUUCUUUCUUUUUCUUCCUUCCUUCCUUCCUUCCUUCCUUCCUUCCUUCCUUCCUUCCUUCCUUUCUUUUUGUCCUAGAAAUGUCACAUUUAAACCUUUUUUUAAAAAAAUUAGAAUUCAGUGAUUAGUAAAAUUCUAUUGUAGAAGUUAACUCCAUCUAAGUUGGCUGAAAAUGUUCAUUACUUACCAAAUGGUUGAAGAAUAUAUAAUUAAGUGGCUUCAUUAGUCACUGCCUUGCUAAUUUUGCUGUAUUUUUUUUUCUAAUUCCUUGUUUUUAAUAUAGAAAACUCAAUACUGGCUGAAAUAGGUUGAAUAAACAAUUUUUAUGCUCUCUAA